CUGCUGGCGGAGGUGGAGGCGGUGGCCGCGGGCUGGAUGCUGGAGUUCACCUGCCACUGCUUGUGCCGUCAUUUUCGCGACGGCCGCGUGCCGGAUUUCCAGCGGAGCCGGGAUGCGGCUCAGGGUAAGGGACGGGUCCUUGGCUCGGAGGCCCCUGCCCCACGCUGGGCACUUGGUGGGUUAAGGUGCAACACAUGUAGAUGUGCCGCAGCUGCCUAGUAACUCACCCCCCCAAAAUAACUGCCCCCCUGUGCCGGCUCAACCAUGUGUCAGCAUUGAAGAGGGCAGCUUCUGGCCCGCUUCCUCUAAACAGACAACAGGGCUCCCACCGGUGUUUGGGGCUGGAGUGACCCCAGGACUGCAGUCGCACCUGCCUCCGAUCCUUGGCCUCCCAGAGGGAGCCAGUGUCCUGCCUCACGACGGUCCGCUGCUCUGAGCUUGUCCCAAGCUGGGUGCUGAAGUGGGCACCUAGCAAUGUGCCCAUGGUUACAUGAGAAGAUUGGGGCCUGGGCAAGUUGGCCCUGGAGCAGAGGAGGGCACAAGCAGGGUGUGAGCAAAACAGCAGAAGACGGGAACUAUGGGGUUGUGAGGAGGCAGAGCUCAAAAACGGGCAGCUGUUCCUGUCUUGCUGCUGGAGAAGUUUAUCCACAACGUCAACCAAGCCCAUUCCAGAACAGUUCGUUAACACACGCUAUUAUUAAUGGACUACCCAAAAUCACUGCACAUCAGAGGAAAGCAGUGAACCUGUGUCAGUUUUUGGCACGAAUUGCAGAAGGGAAAUCACUUGGUUAUCAUUUUGAAAGUGAUCAAAGAAUUUCCCCAUUGGAAUCUGCUUUGUCAAUUUGGGUACAACUUGAAAAGGAGGAAAGUAAAUUAGAAAAACUGCAUGAAGAUAUUCGGCGCUUAAUUCUGAUUCAGGCUGUAGCAGUCUACAUAGAAAAAGGAUACUAUAAGGAGGCUUCUGAAGUCCUUGACAGACUAGAUUCGGAACCAAAUAAGACUCUAAGAAUGAAGCUGACCAUGAUAAUUAACAGGAGAGACCCAUAUGUUCCCUUCCUCCAGAAUUUCAGUUACAAUCUCUUAAUGGAUAAAAUCAAGUCUUACAUCGAUGAUUUCUUGAAAAAAAGUGCAGCUAACUUUCUAAUUAAGGCAGCAGUGAAAGAGGUGGAGGCCAAAAGAUUGGGAGGAAAAGCCUCACAAGAUAAACCUGCAAGUGUUGUUAAAACAAAUCAUGGAAAUAUUUUGGAAAUGGAACAAAGGUCACAUAUAGAAGCGCACACACCUUUGAACCCAGAAAUGGCACCUUUUCCCAGGAUAAAGAAGCGGGGAAGAACCGAUGCUUGUCGAAAUUUGCAGAAUGAUCUGCAGAAUUUGAAAAACAAUGCAGAAACUUCAUCUCACAGGCUAACUGGACAAAAAAAACAGCGAUGGACUUUGGAAGAAGAUAAGAAAUUGGAGAAAGGAGUAAAGAAGUUUGGCAUGGGAAACUGGGCUAAAAUUCUGAUCCAUUAUGACUUCAACAAUCGAACUGGUGUCAUGUUAAAAGAUAGGUGGAGAACUAUGAUUAAGCAACAUAAGGUAUCUUUGAUGUAAGGAAAAGCAUUAACUUUUACUAAGUUUUAUCCAAGAAAAUUAUUUUUAAAUUACCUGCCUCUUCUUUCCAAGUAAUCUUGGUUUGUCUUUUGGCCAUUGAAAUUAUUUUGAAAUAAUUCCCUGUGUAUUGAGUUAAAAGCAGUUGUGUAAAAUAAAAGUGAUGAUAAAAGUUCACUAUUAACUCCUGUCUUCUUCAAAAUAUUAAACAUAUUAAAAGAAAGUGAUUCUGCAGAGCAAAAAGUACUUGGGUUUGUUUCAACUGGACAAAGUUCAGUUUCAGAACAGUUAACAUCCUUCAGUGUUAGUACAAACAGGUUCCAUAACUGCAACCUGAACAGUAAUGUGUAAACUUUUUAUUUUUAAGUAUUUAUAUGAUGUAAUGCAACAAUGGGUAUUUUAUCUAGGGGUGCACCGAUAGAGAUUUUGGGGGCUAAUACCGAUAACUGAUUUUUAAGGAGGUAUGUUUACCGAUACCAAUCCAAU